AUGUCGCUUUCUAACCUUGCAUCAAUGAUUGCUGGAGGAUUACGAAGCUGGUGUAGUAUGAUUUGGAGUGGUAUCAUGUCGAUUUUCUUCAUCAUUGGUAGCAUUUUUCAACAUUCACCUCUUGCGGUCAUAGAACAGAAGGCGACUGAAGUAAUACACGAACCACAGCAUACGACAACAACUGUUCAGGAUCAAAAGGAUGCGCAGUCGAACAUAGUUUAUGUUCCGUCUCCAUCACCAGCAGUUGAUGAGUCGAAAUUGAUCGAGAAGAUCAGCGCAAUUGUGCGAGCAAAAGUGGACCAGGAUCUUAAAAUUAAACUGGAGAAGGAGCUGAAGUCGCUGACCGCCUCUUAUGAGCAGAAGCUUUCGAAUCUUAAGGUUGAGAAGCAUCGCACUGAUGUUGAUUAUGCUCAUUUGGAGUCGCUGAUCCGCUCGGCAAUUUAUGAGUACGAUAGCGACAAGACGGGCAUGUUUGACUUCGCUUUGGAGAGUGCAGGGGCUUCUAUUAUUUCUACUCGUUGCUCGGAGAACUACGAUACUUACACUCGUUUGGAGAAGAUUUGGAACAUACCACUAUGGUAUUCCAGUUAUGGUCCAAGAACUGUAAUACAGCGCAACUCGAAGACAUUGUUCCCUGGAGAAUGCUGGUCGUUCAAAGGACCUGUAGGAUACAUUACAAUUGGACUAUCCCAUCCGAUUAAUGUCACAAUUGUCAGUUAUGAGCACAUUGGUGCGCAUCAAGCACCAGGAGGAGAACGUCCGAGCGCUCCUAAAACGUUCAAAAUCUGGGCUUACAAGUCAGAAUCCGACAUGAGCUCCAGAGUUCUUCUUGGCGAUUUCAUGUAUGAUAUCAAAGGUAGCCCCCUGCAAUUCUUCGUGAUCAAAGUAAGUACUUCUUCUUCAAAUCCAGGCUAUGCGUAUAUGUUGUGA